AUGCAUACUCUAGCUGUCUUCGCUUGUGUCGUUGGCGUUUGCGCCGCUCUCACCAACAAAGAAAUCGCUCAGUUCGUGAAUGGCGUAAAGAUUACGAGCACCACCAGCUCCCACAAGAUCAGCGCCACUGGCAUGCCCGAGCACACACCGGGAAAUGUCAACCCUAACGACGCCAAGGCGCAAAAUUACAACUUUAACAUACCCAAGAAACCGACCUACGGAAGCAAAGGCGGCUGCCUCCCUAUGGGUAUUAUCGGUGUGACCAUUCAGGGGGUCGGAAUCUUUAACCCCUUGACCGCUGAGGCAUGCGAUGCUGUUUUGGUUGAGAAAAUGGACAAGUGUAACGGCCACCCCGACAUGAGAGGCGCCUACCACCAUCACGGAGUCCCAACAUGCCUAGUCAAUGGAACCGCCGAUCAGUUUAUUGGGUUCGCAUUGGACGGGUUCCCAAUCUACGGAGCAAUGGCCUCUGACCUGAAACGCGAGGUCACUGCCGACGACCUUGAUGAAUGUCACGGCCGUGAGGUCAAUGGUAAAUACAGAUAUCACGUGACCAAGGAGUGGCCUUACUUUUUGGGUUGCUUCAAAGGUGCCGCCAAUAGACAGCAAGGGUUCAUGGGCUCACAGGCGUGGUGCACUAACACCAAAGCCACUCACAUGUGUUCCUGCAAGGAUCGUAAAGUAUUUAAGAAAUCCCCAGGCAGGACCGAUGCUUGUCCCGAAAGACCACAGCGUCCUAAUGGCAACGGCGGUCCCAACGCUGGGACCAAUAACAAUGGUGCUACCAGGCGUCCUCACAGACCAGGCGGUGGCUCGAGACCCAUGAGACCAUUUAGACCCGGUCCAGGCACACUUGUUGGCUUCUAA